AGUGGGAGCGUUAAACUGCGAAUGAAUACAUUUUUAAUAACAAUUUCCUAACUUAAUUAGCAAGUUUUAAGUUAUUCGGCUUCUUCUCUUUUCCGGAAACUUGUGCGGAUUUAGUUCAAACUGAGCAAGCUAGCAGGAAGGUUAGCUGCGGGAUAGCUAACUAAGUAGCUUGCUGUUAGCUCAGGCGAACGCUAGACUACUUUAUACUAAGCGCAGUGUGAGAUAACAGGCUGUCUGGUGUCGUCCAGGCGGUGUUUGACUGACUGAUGCCUUCGCCAUGAUGCUGAGCUGCAGCGCUCUGGUCGUUGGCCUCCUGCUGUCCCAGGUAAGAGGCUUCCUGAACUCCUCGGAGGACGACGGCGUACCCGAAGACUGGGUGCUGCUCCAUGUGGUUCAGGGCCACAUCGGGGCCGGGAACUACAGCUACCUGCGCCUCAACCACGAUGGCAGAAUCAUCCUGCACAUGCAAAGCCUCAAGGGGGACGCGGAUCUCUACGUGUCGGAUAAAACCCUGCGGCCGAGCUUCGACACGUACAAGCUGCAGUCGGUCACCUGCGGCCAGGAUGUGGUGGUGGUGCCGGGGGACUUUGCGAGGCCCGUGGGCAUCGGCAUUUACGGCCACCCGUCUCACAAGGAGAGCGAGUUUGAAAUGCGAGUGUUUUACGAUCAGAUGGUGCCCGUGGACCCGUUUGAAAAGGGCUUAUACACUUCAGAAGACGGACAAAGGCAAGGGCAAUCCCCUCAUGAGGCAGAGGAGGACUUUCAGGAAGAGGAGUCGAUCUUUUGGACAAUCCUAAUCGGACUUUUGAAAAUUAUACUUGAGAUUUUGUUUUGAAAACGGUUUCCUGCCUUGCUGCUGCGACAGAAGGAGGAGAUUCUGCUUAUUUGGCUCAGUCAACCUUGAUACAUAAAAAGAUACAUCUUUCAUGCUGUAUGGAUGAGAAAAUGUAUUAACAAGUCAUUUUAACAAUUCCUUUCCCUGUGAUCAAACAGACUGUAUAUAAAGAUGGACGACACUUUUUGAGCCUAGUCUCGCUGUACGCCUGGCCGACUCGGUUAUGAACGAGGCUCAGCUGUCAAUCAUGACGUGAAACCCCGUAUUUAUAGCGUCAAAUACUAAUUAAAUAACUAAUAAAAAUAAUAUAUGGUUGAUGAUUAAUGCAGGGGCGAUCAGGGUGUUUUGGCUUCACUUUCGUCCAUCUUUAUAUACAGUUGUCACAAACAUACAUACCAGAUAAAACCAGAACAAAGAAGUUUUUAAAAAUUUAAGUUGCAAGUUAAAACUUCACUGCUGAAAUCACCAGUGAAGCCAGACUGAUCAGAAAAGUGUAUGUUUGGUGACAUGACAAAAUAACAUUUACCCUGUCUUUGGGCCUUUAUGAUUUUCUCUAUUGAACUGCAGUUCAACCAAAAGGCCAAGUUAGAGACAUUUCUGGAGUCUAAAGGAAAAGUUUGGGUUUUUCUUAACAGUCACUGUUGUCAUCCUUCAUGUUCACACUAGUCGUGAAGUGACCCCUUCCCAAAGCGACUUCACUGCCUAGUUCGACAGUUGGAUCUGAGUUUCUUGAGCCUGGUGCAUCACAGACCUACGACCACUUAGAGCAGUGACAUGCGACUUUUCAAAUCUGGACCGGUGACGCUCGUCUUGUCGGUCAUCGUAUCUAACUCGCCCAAUAUGAGAUAAAUGGUUGUGAUUGGCCCGACCAGUUCCAGGACAGGUGGGUGCCGGUUUGAAUGAGAAGGAGGGGGGGGGGGGGGGGCAGAAGCAACUGCCAGAGCAAAUGAAACGUGAAUUCGGUAGAUUCGUCUGGUUCCCAGGCUAAGUCUUGAUGUGUUGAAUCGUAUAAAUGGGGAUAACGGGCAUUCUUGGUGUGGCACUUGACAUGAGUAGUGACAGAAGUAGAGCUUGAGUAAUUAAAAUCCUGUGAGUUUCCUCAACUCCGGUCAAUCAAGUGAUCGUCAAAAUUAUCUGUUUACAGAUUGGACACAUAACAUUUUAAGUUUCCUCACUGAGAUGUGGCUGAGAAGCGUCCUGGUUAGUCGCAUAUAGGUUUGAGGCAAGGACGCCACUCCAAGUAGCAGGAUGAAGAUACUCACCUUGUUUGUCUAACUCGGACUGCUGAAGCUUCAACUUAUUUAAACACAGAAGGCUUUUGUCCUUCUCCUCUUAACAAUGAAAUGACAUUAGAAGGGAUCACAGACAGAUGGAAAGAUUACAGCGACCCAUAGUUCUCACAAUGUAUACAAGGUAUCUGUGUGUUGUGUUAAGAUGGACUUGAACCAAACCAUUUAAACUUUAUCCUGAUUCUUCAGAUUAGGGCUGCAACUAACGAUUAUUUUUCAUAGUCGAUUAAUUUCUCGAUUCUUUUUGGUCUGAAAAAUGUCGAUCAGUGUUUCCCAAAGCCCAAGAUGACCUCGUUUUUUUUUUUUUUUUUUUUUUGUUUUUUUUUUAAAUGUUCACAUUUAUGAAGCUAGAGAAUUUUGACUUACUCAAACCGAUUAAUCGAUUAUCAGCAGCUGACAACUAAUAGAUUAGUUGCAGCUCUACUUCAAAUCAAAUUUAGCAUUCAAACUGUUGUGGCGGACUCUCGUCUCGGCCUGUAAAUGAAAGAAACCACUUGUCUUAUCUCUGCUCAUCAACACCAUGCAGGAUGUGUUCGGGUUUAAAUGUCUAAAAGCUUACAGCAAUACAGCUCUUUUUUUUUUUUUUUUUAAUGACAUUAACUUUCCUACAGGGCAGGUUUGUUGUUGGACGUAAAGGAAAGCCUGAGCGUAAGGAUUAUGGUACUUUGUUGACUUUCACCAAAGCAGACGGUUUAGUUCAUUGGGACGUCUGCGAAGGUGAAGACGCUGCUGAAAAUGCCACCGGCCUGUUAACAUUAGUAGCAACUGUUCUUUUCUUCUCUAUUUAUUUAUUUUUUUCCUUGCCUGUUGGACAAGCUCCCAGUUUAAACAUCAGCUUACGAGUAAACUUGCGACCACUGAGCAGAAAUGUUCAACAGUGCCUUCAGAUCCCGUCUUCUGCAGGGGUGAACAGCCGAGCCGGGCUUCCUGUUUUCCAGAGACGAUUCAAUAAGGUUUCUAAAUAAAGCAGUUCUUUUGCAGACUGUUUAAAAAAA